AUAUAAAAGGUCUCUGACUGGUCAGGGUUCCACUUCAGUUUACAAAGGGCUAGUGUUGUCAUCUGUUUAGUAGAGCGCAACCUCCCUCAGCAAGCAGCCUAACUGGAGUUUCCCCCCCUCCUCUCUCUCUCACUCACCGAUCUCUCUAUCCAUCCAUCACUCCCAUCCCACGCACGCAAACAACCAACCAAGCUCUGUGGAGGAUGAUCGUGGACAGAGUGAGUGAGCACCUGGGCGAUGUGUUCGAUCAGUCGAUACCAAACGCCGCUAACCUGGGCUAUUUUUACCAGAGUUCGCCCCCGGACAGCGAACCCUCCUCCCCUCCUGGGGGACAGUCUGCCCCCACCUCACCACAGUCAGACUCCAGCGAGUGUCAGAGCAGACCCGCGGACACAGCCUACACCAGGCUGACCAUCACAGACCAGGUUCAGUUUGGCCAAGGAGGAUCCAGGAGACAAGCUUUCAAAGGAGUUCGAGUGAGGAAUCCGGUCAAGGCACUCCUGGAGCACAUCCGUGGCAACCGAAACUUUCCAAGCUCCAAGGUGGAAUACUACGGGACCCAACUUGGCUCAGCAGAGGAACCAUAUUUAGCAGAAAUAAAAAAUCUUCUGGUUGGAACAAAAAGAUUGGCUCCAGAAAAUCUGACUGAUUCACCUCCUUAUAAGCAAUCGCCUACAGUUAACUCUUCAUACCCACUGACACCACCACAGACUCCAAAUUCAUUUGAGAGUUCAGAUGAAAUCCAUAAAACUGAACCUACUGCUGAUGUGAACCCAGAUGUUCUUCAGGACAUAAUCAAAAUGUUGCAGAAUGACACUCAUCAGAUCUCCCUGAACACAGUGCAGGUCAGUUGGGCCAAUGUUGCAAAGAAGGAGCAUUUGUUUCAGGGAGAGGAAGAAUUGGUCAACAAAAAUUAUAUGCAGGAGCUACAGCAGAUCCAAAUGCAUCUUGGUCAACCCCAAGACUUUCAACUCCCGAGCUCAUCCCAAAUUAUUGGACAACCUCAAAACUUUCAGCAAUGUCAGGAUUUCCAGCAGCUUUUUGCCAGUGAACAACACCAAAGAUUCCAUCAAAUUCCUUGCGAACCACAGCCUCAAAACUUUCAGCAUUUUACAACCAAUUGUCACCUACAAGAUUUCCAAGACAGCCCAGAUCCUACUCUGUCUCAAGUGUUCCAGUCGGUUGAUGAGCAGGCUGUGGGGAACGAACCCCAGCCUGAAUGUUAUCCUCUGGCACAGAGUUUCAGUUCCGUGCCAUCCACUAUGUACUAUCCAACUCCAAACCAUCUGCCACAAUCCCAGAAUAGUUCUCCUAUGAACAAUGCACCAGGCAAGUCUUUCUUCCAAUGGCAGCUUGAACAGGAAGAGAAAAAAUUGUCCCAUCUUACAACGGAGCAGCUCCUUGCCAAGGAUUCUGAUGGUGACACUCUCCUACAUAUUGCUGUUGCACAGGGCAGACGGGCUCUUUCCUAUGUCCUUGGGAAGAAGAUGUUUGCGAUUAACAUGAUGGAUGUUAAAGAACACAAUGGGCAGAGUGCCCUGCAGGUCGCUGUUGCUGCCAACCAGCACCUGAUUGUUCAGGACCUGGCGAGCCUUGGUGCGCAGGUGAACACCGCAGACCGCUGGGGCAGGACACCAUUGCAUGUGGUUGCGGAAAAGGGUUACUUUCAGGUGCUUGUGGCCAUUGAAAAGGGUUUGGUACUCAGUGGUCAGCGUCUGAAUCUUGAAGUUACAAACUUUGAUGGUAUGACUGCUUUGCACCUUGCAAUACUGACCCACAAUAGUAUGGUACGUGACCUGCACAAUAAAGUUCAACAGCAGUGUCAUUCUGUGGAGGAGAUGCUCAUGAAAAAAAAGAGCUUGUUGGACACUAUCAAAACUUUUGUACAGAUGGGAGCAUCCAUUGAAACACGAGAACGCAAGACUGGACGUGCAGCUCUGCACUUAGCUGCUGAGGAGGCAAAUGUUGAACUUCUGCGUUUCUUCCUUGAACAACCAACCAGUCUUAACAUUGUGAAUGCCAAGGCAUACAGCAAUAACACUGCUCUCCACAUCGUGGCUGGCCUGCAAGGUCGGGUAAGCCAGGUUGACGCUGUCCGACUCCUGAUGAGAAAGGGAGCUGAUCCGAGUGCCAGGAACCUGGAAAAUGAACAACCUGUGCACCUGGUGCCAGAUGGUCCAAGAGGAGAAGAGGUCAAGCGAAUUUUGAAGGGGAAAGCUGUUCAAUCAAGAGUAUCUCUCUUUUGACACGAUGUGAUGGGAAAAUUGUCUGUCGACCCUCACUGUCAGUUAGGCAGUCCUGUGAGAUUUGUAUAGAAAUAUUUGCCUGUCACUGGCAAAUGUCUGUUGUUUCAGUUAAAAGAAACUUUAAUUGUUGACUACUAUGUAGUAAUUAGUUUAAAAAAAUGUAACCUGGAGCUUGUUUUAAGCUGAUUGUUCUGUACAGUACUAUAUUGAACACAUAAAUAUGGUCCACAAGCUGAAAAAUCUGGACUUCAGCAGUAGCUGAAAACACACUUUAAAGAACACUUUAUAGCAUUUGAAUGUGUCGUGUGUAGCUGCAGCAUAGAGGUCUGCGGCCUGAAAUAAUAUCAAUUAUCUAUAAUAUUCAAACCAAGUUGAGAAUGUGGUGAGAGUUUUUAAAAGUUGGUGUUGUAUAAUACAAGGAAUUUAAAAAAGAAGUUGAACUGCAAUUACUCAAACAUGCAUUUUAUUCAAAUUCUUUCUCUGACUGGAACAAAAACAAAAACUAAAGCAGAUGUUGCACAAACCUAUAAAUCCUAAUUGCCAUAUGGAUCUUCAAAUCAGAUUCUUGCAAGAAAUUUUUGGUCACGCGAUUUGAAAUUGAGAAAUGUUAAUUGUUCCAAAGCGGUAAAUGAGUAAUGGCCUCUUAGUCAUACUUUGCUCCCUUUAAUUUCAGUGGGGCUUACUUUUUCUCAAACCUGUCUUCCCAGCCAAAUGGGGAUUGGACAGUUGGAGACUGACAGGUAUAGCAAUUAAAUUGGAAGGGAGGCCAACACCCAGUAAAAUGAAGUUGAGUGAGCAUUGCAGACGUAAAGUAUUGUAGGAUGCGAUGAUGCCAAGAGGUUCCUGGUGAAAAGAGGAUUUGGGGGGGUGGGAGGGUUGAAAUGGAUCUAAGAAUGGCGUUUAAGCUUUGCCGACAUUUAUUAAAGGUGCUGCAAUGUAGAAAAUUAAGCAUGCCCCAUUCAGUCCGAACCAGAGGAUUAAAAUCCUGGAUAAGAUGGAUCUUGAGUUAGGUGGUAGUUUAUAUAUUAUCAGAAUCAAUUGUUUUCUAUUUGUAGCCACAGUGCAUCUGUUAACAUUAUGAAAGGACAUUUUUAAGUCUUUAGGUAUUUUGUUUUUCCUUGUGGCAGUAUACAUUUGAUUGAUAAAUUUUAAGAAAUACUUUUUCAUUUGAAUUGUCUCACUUAAUUAUUCCACUUUUUUCCUAUUUGAUUUCAAGAGUGUAUUUUGUUUUUGUCAAUCUAGAACUUGAAAUAUUACCUAGUUAUUUAGAGUUGUAUUUUCUUUGCAAUAUUUAGUGCUGUUUAAUAUAGUUUUAAUGUAGAAGUGUACACUGCACAGCUUUAAAGCGCUGAGAAAUUGAUUAGAGUAUUUGUGUUAGCCAUUUUAAGGUAGUCUGUUCAUUCAUGACUUUUACAAAGUAUGUCUUGUAGACAGAGGUUCUCAUUGUUAAAAUUGUUUGAAUAUUGCAUUAAGUAGCUGUGAUAUUGUGUUGUUCUGUAUGCAAGAGUUUUAAAAUAAAGUUGAUUUAAAAAGUG